AUGAGGAAAAAGCAAGUCAUCAAACAUCUAGUGAAUUCUGGAUUCAAGAUGCGCUUGAAAAUUAACCAAGGAGAGGUUAAUCAGACAGAUUCCGUGACAUUUAUCCUCUUGGACUUUCAUAGUGUCAAUCCACAGACUUUCUUUUCCAUACUGUUUCUGCCCAUCUACAUUGUGACCAUGGCUGGGAACAUCCUCAUUAUCAUUCUAGUCAUCCUUGAUCAGCAUCUUCACACACCCAUGUAUUUCUUCCUGGGAAACCUGUCCUGCCUGGAGACUUGUUACAGCUCAGCCAUUAUGCCAAGGAUGCUGGUUAGUUUUCUGAGUGGAGACAGAACGAUUUCUAUUAGUGGAUGCUUUGCACAACUUUAUUUCUUUGGGUUUCUUGCAGCUACAGAAUGUUACUUCUUAGCUGUUAUGUCUUAUGAUCGUUAUUUAGCAAUAUGUAAGCCACUGCAUUAUGCCAUGCUCAUGAAUGGCAGAAUCUGCAUUCUACUAAUUGCCGGAUCUUGGUUCAGUGGAUCACUAGGUAUCAGUCUCAUAAUAUUCUUGGUAUCUCAGCUUAGUUUCUGUGGACCCAAUGAAAUUGAUCAUUUUUUCUGUGAUUUGACCCCAGUGAUAAGACUCGCAUGCAGUGAUACCCAUUUGGUUGAAAUGACGGCUUUUGUAGUCUCCUCUAUAGGGACAUUGCCUCCACUGAUAAUCACACUGACAUCUUAUGUUUGCAUCAUCAAGAGCAUUUUAAGAAUCCCAUCUACUACAGGGAAACAAAAGCCAUUCUCUACUUGCUCCUCUCAUCUCACUGUGGUUGCCUGCUUCUAUGGCUCCUUGAUGAUAGUUUAUGUCUUACCAAACAUGAGUUCCCUGAGUAAUUUAAAGAAACUGUUUUCUCUGUUCUACACUCUGCUCACUCCAUUGGUCAAUCCCCUGAUAUACAGCUUGAGAAACAAAGAGGUAAAGGAAGCUGCGAAGAAAACUUUGAAGAUAAAGCAAACUGAGACACUACCUGCCUUUAUUGCCAUCAUAAGAUUAUCACUAUAUUCAGAGUUGGUUACCCAACCUGUCUUCAGUAGUAAGGUCCAUGCUGAUAGACUGUUAUUUCCUGGAAAAUAA